AUGAGUUUCAGAAGACAGAUGAAUGAAAGCGUUUUUGGCUUCUCUACUAGAGAACACUUUCUGCUCCUUCCACAAGCUUUCCGUCACUCACUGUUACGCCAUCAAAUACUAUUGAAAGGGAUUGCUUCUGCAAAAAGGAUGACGAUGGACGAUGGGACUUUUGCUCCACUUCUUACUCUGCUUGAUGAUCCGAUGUUUUACGACUUGUCAAGGCAAGUUCAUGAUGCGAAGAGGGUUUUUGAUGGCUUGUGUGGAUCAAAAGAUUUGAUUUCAUGGAACGCGAUGAUCGCUGGUUUCUCUAAACAUGAGCAAAAGGAAUCUGCUUUUGAACUGUUUAUUGAAAUGCAGAGGAUUUGGAUUGAGACCGACGUUUAUACUUACACCAGCGUCUUAAGCUGUUGCUCUGGAGAAGAACAUCGAAUCUUUGGAAAGUCGUUGCAUUGUUUGGUUAUAAAGAAGGGACUUGAGCAAGUAACUUCAGCCUCGAACGCAUUGAUCUCUAUGUACAUUCAGUUUCCUACAAGCGCCAUGAGAGAAGCUCUCUCUCUGUUUGAAUCCUUGGAAUCUAAAGAUACUGUCUCUUGGAAUUCAAUCAUGACAGGUUUAUCACAGAAGGGUCUCAGCGAGGAUGCGGUGAAGUUCUUUAGCUGCUUAAGAUCUUCAAACAUAGAAGUCGACGAUUACGCCUUCUCUGCAGUACUUAGAUCAUGCUCGGACCUAGCAACACAUCAAUUAGUUCUCUAA